AUGUCGAAGCCCACAGCCGAGGUUGAAUUCAAGGCUGCUCUGGGCACCCUCUCGUUUCCUGUCGGAACUGCCAAGAUGGCAUUUGCCCAAAUGGCCAUGACGGUUAAAGUUGGAGAGUGCGAAUGCGCCGACGGGCUUGGCGGAACACUGGUCUCCAGGAUCAGAAACGUUAGUGCGGUGGAUGCAAGGUACAUUUGCUUGCUUGGAAAACCAAGCCAAACUGGUGUACCACCAGGAUCCACCGUCCAAGGGCGGUGA